AUGGAGGUGGAUGAAAUUCAAAGACAGGUGCGUAAGUUUCAAAGGGUUUCGUCUAAUGGUAGUACUACAACUACUGACAAUUCUUCAAAUCCGCAAAAGAUAGCUACCCAUAAAGGGAAUUUGGAGUUGCAGAAGUUUGAUGAUGGUGGUGGAGGUGGCGGCGGCGGAGGAGGAGGAAUAGAUGUUGUUGUAGGUGGAGGAGGUGGUGGUGGUGUGGCGAGGCUUUGUGGAUGGCCUUCCUCCCGGAUUGUUAGGGUUUCUAGGGCAUCCGGAGGGAAGGAUAGACACAGCAAGGUUUUGACAUCGAAAGGACUCAGAGAUCGUCGUGUCCGGUUGUCUGUCAGUACCGCUAUCCAGUUUUAUGAUCUGCAAGACCGAUUGGGGUAUGAUCAGCCGAGCAAGGCGGUAGAAUGGUUGCUCAAGGCGGCAUCUACUUCCAUUGACGAGCUUCCUUCUCUUGACCCUUCGUUUUCCGGUGCCAUCUCUCACACCCAUCACCAUCACCAGAAUGAAGACAAGAAGUCGACGGGAAACAGUCCCGAUUUUGAAGAUCCAAAUUACCAACAACAAAACAGUAAUAAUAAUAAUAAUAAUGUUUCUAAGGCGAAAUCUCCGGCGUGUAGUAGUACAUCUGAAACAAGUAAGGGGUCAGGGCUUUCGUUAUCUCGAUCGGAGAAUCGGGUGAAAGCUCGAGAACGAGCGAGAGAAAUGGCUUCGAAGAAGGAACGAGAGAAGGAAACUGAUUCAACGAGGGCUGCUGUUUUGAAUCAGGUCAAUAGUAUUUCGGAAAACUCGUCUUUCACGGAUCUUCUCACCGGCGGCAUUCACAGCAACACCAACGUCCGCCGUCACAGUCCAGAGUCAAGAACCCACUGGGCAACUCCGAUGGAUUAUUUCUUCGCUCGACCUACACAACCUGCAACCCAACUAAUCCAAAUACCACAAUUCAACAUCACCGCCGGAGAUAACCACCAACACCAACACCACAACAACAACCCACAACACCAUUUCUCCUUCCUUCAAGACAGUUUCGUACCGGCGGUGACAACGGGUGGUGGUGGUGGAGGAGGAGAAAGUUACAAUUUAAACUUCUCCAUGACAUCAUCAUCCGGUGGCACCCUUGCUCCGGGUUUCAGUAGGGGGACCCUUCAGUCCAAUUUACCGUCUUCUCUUUUACCUCAUCAUCACCAUUUCCAGAGGUUUCAGUCACCCUCCAUAGACGGAUCAACCUCCACAAAUCUGCCCUUCUUCAUCGUUCCAAACGCCGCCUCCGAUCAUUUCCCAGCAGCAGCCAGUUACCACUUAAGCUACGGCGGCGGUGGCGGAGAUGGCGUAGGACGGCAUUCAGAUCAUCACAAAGAAAAAACAAAGAACUGA